UGUAGUUGAGGCUGGCCUUACUAUAUAUCCCAGGCUGGUCUCCAGUUUGCAGCAGUCUUCCUGAGUGCUGGGAUUACAGGCAUGUGCAACCACUUAUAUUAUUUUUUAAACUGCAUUUCAAAUAUUUUUGUGCCAAACUGAAAUAGUUAUGACCUUACUUAUUUAGAAUAAUUGGUAACCUAAAUCUAGGCUUAUUAGUACUUACUCAGAGCAGUAUUUUCAUUUGAGGAAAAAAAAUUCUAGUAAUCUUAGCUUUUGAUAUUAGAACCUUUAAAAAAUUAAAAUAGUGAUUUAGGAUAGGAAAGAAAAGAUACUACCAUGUGUGCUAUGCAAAUAAAGUCAGAAGUACAGAGAUUUCUCUAUAUAUGUAGAUACGUUUAGGUACGUAGUUAUUGUACUUGAAAGAUUAAAUCAAUCUCCCUCUUCCACUUUCCCUCCCCCAUAUAUCUAUCUGUAUCUAUUUGUAUCUGCAUCUGCGUCUGCAUCUUUGUCUCCCUUUAUCUCUGUAUUUCUAUGUAUAUCUCUGUAUAUACAUACAGAGAUAUCCAGCAGCUCCAAAAGUUAUCAGUCUAUUAAAAGGCAGUGUUCUAAUUGAUAUUAACAAUUAUGAUGUCAGCCUAUUAGCAAUCUUUGUGUUCAGAAUUCUUAGUUUGAGGAGGCUGAGUAGAUAAAUUAUACAUCUUAUGGAAAUUAAAAUAUAAAUAUUAAUUGAAAAAGUUCCUCCAUUACUUGGAAAAUGUAGGAGCCAUGUAACUAUGGAUUUUAUGGACUAAGGCUUGGUAAUUUUCAUUGUUAUAUUGUCAAACACUAGAGUUUUGUAACAUGAAUAGUUAGGUUCAGACAGUGAUAUUUCUUUUAAGGACGUAUAUUUUUAAGGGAAUGUUGAUGGAGGUGGUAUUCAAUAGAAUAAAGAAAGUAUUCUUACUAAUUUCCUGAGCUUUGAGUGAACAAUUGCUAUGUACUUCAUUUUUAGAAUCGAAUUUUCAUAACUACCUUUUAAAGGUAGGAGUCAUCUCCAUUUUGCAGAUAGAAGCUGAAAUGCUUGGAAAAAUGACAUAACCAACGCUUCAUAGAUAGAGUGGUGCUGUCAUUGUGCCAACCCAAAUCUGUCCCAAUUCCAAAGUUCUACUCUUAAGUCUAAGUUAUAGUUUCUCAUUUUCAAACCUAACUAAAUAUUAAAUGUAAUAUGUAUGAGAAAAAUGUGGAAAGAUCAUAUCGUACAUGGUUUUAUUUUAGUGCUCUGCAUACUGUUUUGGUCAGUUGAUUUAAUUUUUUUUCAUUGAGAUGGCAUACCACUGUGUAGCUCAGGCUGAUCUGCAACUCACUGUGCAGCCCUGGCUGGCUUUGUACACUUGCCUUUAUCUCACCAGUGCUGGGAUUACAGGCAUGUGCUAUCAGUUAAAUAUUUUUUAAUUUGUGGGUUCCUCCAUUAAGAAAAAAUAAAAUGUACAUGCAAACUAGCAUUCUAUUUCUCCAUUUUCCUUUGUAAUUGAUUGAACUUGAUGGAACCUUUCAAACUUUGUCUUACUUGGUCAGUUGUGUUAAAUCUCAGCUAACCAUGGCAGUCUGAAAGUGUUAUAAAGCUACCCUACAGUAAAGUUUUUCUCACCCAAUGUCACACUGGCUGCUUUGUCUCCGAGUAUAGCACUGAACCAUGAGUAAGGUGUACUUGUUGAUUGUGAAAGUAUACAAAGACUAGAUACAUUAGUCUUUGUUUUGUUUAGACAGUAUAAUAAAUUUUAUUCUUGAUGAAACAUGGUAUUAGUAGAUUUUGGUAUGUUUCUUUUCAAAAUAAGUAUGUAUGCUUUCCUGGUAUUGUCAUAAAAUUUACUCAGGUGACUUGAAGCUCACAUUUUAUAGUUUUACACAGACACACAGCACUUUGUACAUGCAAGUGCAACCAUAGUUUUAACAUUGUUAUAAUUUGUACAAAUAUUAAAUGUUAUAUUUUUAUUAAUUUUGAUCUAUGUAUCUGCAUGUAACCCACACCUAUCAAGAGACAGCAUGUUUCUUGCAUUCCUGAAAGCUCCUAUGCUUCUUGCCUAUUGGUUUUGAAUCUGUGUAUAUGAGCAUAUAUACAUAUAUGUACAUGUAUGUACAUAUACUGCAACUACUCUUCUGAUUUAUUUCAGUAAAAAUUAGUUUUCCUGUUUCAGAAGUAAUGUGAAAUCAUGCUGUGUGUACUUCCUAAGGAAUGGCUUCUUUUCUUUAGUUUUUGAAUUGAUCCAUAUUGUUUGUGCUAUCAGUUUUAUUCCUUUUUAUUGCUGAGUAGUAUUAUUUUGUAUUUUUAAUUAUAGCACUCAUAUAUUUAGGAUAUAGGUCAUUUUCUAUAUUUUGAUAAUACUACCUCCCCAUUUUAGCUUGCUCUUUAUAUUUUUUUGAUACAGGGUCUCGCCAUGUAAUUCAGACCAGCCUUGAACUCACUAUGUAGCCCUAGCUGGCCUCGAACUUAUGGCAGUCCUCCUUCCUUUUAUUUUGAGUAUUAUUUGUUAAAUUUUUUAUAGUACUUUUAUUAUCCUAAAGAAUUCUUUGUUUACUUUUAUGUACUUUUCUAGAAUUGUUUUUAGAAGCUAUGUAUUGGUAGUUUCAUAUAUUUGGAUCUAUGAUCCUUUUCAACUAAAUUUUGGUGUGUAGUAUAAGAAAGGUCAAUUUUUUUCCCUAGACAGGGAUCUAGAUAUUUCUGGUACCUUUUGCUGAAACAAUUUUCCUUUCUCCUUGAAUUGUUUUACAGUUUUUAUUGAAAUUCAGUUUGUGGAUUUUUGUUUUUGUGUUUUGGAACCUCUAUUAUUUUUCCUGAUAUUUUUGUUUAUGCUUAUUCCAGUCUGACUGCCAUGGGCUUUGUAGUCUGGAAAUCAGGUUGUGCCAGUUCCCCAAGUUUGUCUUUUGUUUUCUUUCCUAAGGUCGUUUUAGCAGUCCUAGACUGUUUAUGUCUGUGUGUUGUGUUAGUCAGCUUUCUGUGCCUGUGACAAAACAGCUGAGAAAACAAUUUAAGUGAAAAAAAAUUUAUUUUGGUUCAUGGUUUAAGUGGUUUCAGUCCAUGGUCUUCUGAUUCUAUUGUUUUGACCUGUGGUGAGGCAGUAUAUCUUGUCAAAAGGUCAUGCAGAAAAAGAGCAGAAGUGGUUACUUCAGAUGGCAGCCAGAGGGAGGCAGGCAUAGAGAGGAGAAGGGGAGGAGUGCUUUUCUGGGAAUAAGACACAGUGUAGUCCCAAAGGGCCUGCCCCAUGACUCAUUUUGUUCAUCUAGACCUCAUCUCUUAGUAGUCUGUCACCUAUGAAUUUAUCCAUAGAUUAAUCCAGGGAUGAGGUUAGCACCCUCAUGAUCCAGUCCCUUCUCCAGAUGCCCAUCUGCUAGCAGUUACGGCUUCAGUGUGUCUUUUAGGCGAAAGUUUGGAUCUCACCCCUAACACACAGAUUUACAAUCAUUAGCUUGUUUGUUCUGCAAAUAAUGAAACAAACAAACAAACAAAAAAGCUUGAAUUUUAACUGGAGUAGUAAUGAAUCUAUAGGUAAGUUUGGGGAAAAAUGAUAUUCUUAACAAUGUUGAGUUUUCAAUUUCAUUAAGAUAGUUAUUGCCCACUUAUCUAGGACUUUUUAUUUACUGUGUCUUGAUGGCAUUUUAAAGUUUUCAGAGUAGAGAUUUUACACAUCUUUUAUUAAAUUUACCCCUAUUUCCUUUUGGCCAUUGUAAAUUGUUUAUUGUUUCAUAAUUUCACUUCCUGUUAUUUGUUAUAAGUAUAUAGAAAUGAAAUGAUUUUUUUGUAUUUUGACAGAGUUUGUUAAGUUCUACAGAAUACUUUAGCAGACAUUUUAGUGUUUCUUAUUUAGACAUUCAUAUCUUUAUUUUCUUGAAUGUCUUUUGUUUUUUCUCUUUCAUAUUUUCUUGGCUGGGACUUAUAGUUUAAAAUGUAUAGAAUGGUGAGAGAAGACAGCGUUUACAUUUUUCCAUUCUUAGAGAGAAAAACAUUUAAAAUUUUUCAUCAUUAAAUAUGUCAAGAGUAGUUUUUCUUGUGGAGUGUCUUUAUCAGGUUGAAGAGGGUUUUUUUUUUUUUUGCAUGAUAGUGGUGUUUAUUUUUUCUUUUAUGCUUUGUGUUUUUUGUUUUUGUUUUUUGGAUUUUUGAGACAGGGUUUCACUUUAUAGUUCUGACUGGCUUUGAACUCAAUUUGUAACCCAGGCUGGCCUCAAACUCAUAGCUGUUCUCCUGCUUCAGUCUCCCAAGAACUGGGAUUACAGGCCAUGCCUGGCUGAAGAGUUUUCUCUCUCUAGUGAAAAUUUUCUUUGUGUAGAAAAAAUUUAAGUACCAGUAUCUUUAAUUUUGCUAAAUAUUUUAAAUUACCAAUUCAAUGAUACAUAAUGAGACAAAGUUAAGAAUAUAAGCUUGUUUUUUGCCUUUAGAGAUCAUUAAAUAAGUAGAUUGUGCUGUGUAUUGUAGUUUGUAUUCUAGCUCUUAGACCAAGUAAAUUUGAUAUUAUAAUUUGAUAACACACUUAAAAUGCACUGCUACUGCAUUUGUAUAGUAUUUGAAAUCUUUCAAAUACCAAUUAAUCAUUUUUUUUGCCAAAUAUGAUUUUCAAAACACCAGUCAAAUAAUCAUACUAAUUUUGGUUUAGGUGGAGGCAUAGAUGACUAAUAUUCUUAAUUUGUAUAUGUUAGGAGGUUAGUUUUUAGCCAUAGAUUUUCUACUCUUUGUGUGUGUGUGUGUGUGUGUGUGUGUGUGUGUGUGUGUGUGAAUCUAGUCUGUUGUACAAGGAACUGCAAGUAACUUUAUUCUGAGCAUCAGAAAAACUGUUCUAGUCUACAUUUUAUAUACUUCAUGUUAAAAAUGUUAAACUUUUUUUGUUUUGCCUAAUACUAUAAUGUAGGGACUUGAGAGCUAAUGGAAACAAAACAGGUGUUUUCUUCUCUUGUGGGGCUUGCAAUCUAGUCAAAACAAAACUGAGUAAAAUAAAUAAUUAUAAACUGCAUUAAGUGUGGGAUCUUGUUUCAUCCACUGUAGGAAACUCAGGGAAUUUCCUCAGAGAAAAUAUUUGGACAGAGACAAAAGAUUACAUCUGAAUUAAAGAAGUGUGAUAGCAUAUUAGAAAGUAGGUAUAGCUAUCCUGAAGCAGUAUGCAGGGCUGGUGGUGAGGGAGAUGGGCUAGAAGAGGCAAAGGCAGUUUGGGGAAUAUUAAAUAAAAGAGAAAUGAGAUUGGACACAUACAUGAAGACUAGAUUUUAAAGCAUGCUUUGGGACUUUAUACUAAGUGCAGUAUAAAACCCCUGAAAUAUUCUAAACAGGGAAAUGACACAAUCUGGUUUGCAUUUUGCAAAGAAUAUACUGUCUGUUUUGUGGAUAAUGGAUUGAAAAGAAGCCAUAAACAACUCAAGAGAGACCAGAUUGGAAACCACUUCAGUUUCCCAAGCACAAGAUCAUCCUAAUUUGCCUAGGAUGAUGACAGUGGGAGGGGUAGUUGAGGAGAUCGAUGUAGCUUAAAUACAUGCACCUUUUCGUACCUUUUAUUUUAUUUUAUUUUAUUUUAUUUUAUUUUAUUUUAUUUUAUUUUAUUUUAUUUUUGAUACUGGGAAUCGAACCUCAUGCUUGCCAGGCAGGCACUAUGCCACUGAGCUAUAUCUCCAAACCAGUACCUUUUAAAAUGUAUUAAAAACAAAAUGUUUACUGUAGCCUCUGUUUACUUGUUAUGAUAUUCUAUUGCUUUUAAAUAAAAUCAGAUGUUUAUAAUAUGUCAUCUAAUAAAUUUAUAUACUUUUAACUAUUAGAAGUAGUUGUGAAGUAAUCCCAAAUAACGAUUCCUCUUAGAUAUUUCCUGAGUAUCAUUCAUCGGUGGAAAGGAGUAAUUGGUAAUGAUUAGAAAAAGAAUGACAGUAAUAAAACACCUAAUGACCCUUAAAAGGAAAACAAUGAUGCCUAAUGUGAAAACAAAGAAUGCACCAUGUAAUGAGCUAUGUAAAUAUGUGAUAUUAAUGCUGUCUUAUUAUUAGAGCUUCACAUUAUACAUUAGUUCCUAUUGUAACCAUAUUAAAAAAAAAGAUAGGAAAAGUAAAGGGCUAGUACAGUCAGUUGCUAGGAAGAAGAAAAUUAUCUUUUUAUACCUAUUGAAGCUUUUUUCUUUUAACUUAGUGGAAUCAAAGAAAGGCUUCUUGGGUCAAAGACACUGCUUCUUAAAUUGUCUCAUGUUCAUGUGUCUUUGGAAGCAUGUGUAAUUUUGGAUUAUAUACAGUAUUUUUAGAUUCAAAUCAUUGCCAGUGAUAUUUUUUGAAAGUGUAUGUGUCAAAACAGCAAUUUAGUCUUUUAAUUCUUUUUUUUUUUUAACACCUUUUUUCUUUUUAUCGGUACCAGGGAUCGAACUCACGACCGCCUGCUUGCAAGGCAGGCGCUUAUGCCUCUGAGCUAAAUCCCCAGCCCUAUGGUGUUUUAAUUCUUCAAAUGAGAUUUUUUUUUUUUUUUUUGCUGUUUCCUUAGUUUUGGAAAUACUACAAUUCAAAACUAUUUUUAAAUGUGUAAGUAUACACUUUUAAAAUGAUAUGUUUAAUUUUUGGUGACUUUGAGUUAGCUUCAAUAACUGAUAGAUUUUACUGUAGAACUAUUUUGUAGUAAAGCUCAUGCUUUUAGGUAUCUCUUAAAGUCAAAAUGCUUCCCUGUAAAGUAAGGCUAAUUCGUUGUAUUAACUUUAAAUAUCUAUUUUCAAACUUGAAUAAAGUAUUCAUUAUAGAAUUUUUUAUUUUAUCUGAUCUUAUAAAUAAUUUCUGGUAUUGAGAAAUGUGCUUAUAAUUCUAUAUUUUAACCUAAACCUUCAAAGAUUUUAGCAAUAACACAUUGUCUUCAUGAAAGGCAGUUACAUAUGAGGAAGGAAGGGGGCUUUCUGUUCUUCAGACAUUUUUAUGAAAUUUGAAAUAAUCUAAGACAUUCCUAACUGGCAGCUAUCAGUAGGAAAGAAGAGAUGGUGUUUAUCAAAAUGGUGUUAAGAAUGACAGUUUUGACCAGUUGCACAGCUCUGUAAUUGUAGGUGAUCCAUACUGACCUUGCCUAGUGUCUACUUUCUUGACAGUUAUGGUACUCUCUUCAUAAAGAUUUAACAUUUUUAUAGAGAAGAUAUAUAAAUGCACAUAAUAUCAUGUUUGAUACAUAGAAUGUGCUCUGAAAAAAUAUUGGUCGGCUUCCAUCAUUGCCUUAAUUUUCCUGAUUUAUCUUAAUUCUGAAAUAAAUUUUAAAUUAGUUUGAGUCAGUUUUUAAGAAAAGUACUGACAUCAUGAGAUAUAUGUUUAGAAUAGGUAAAUGACUAUGAAAGUAGUAAAUAAAAAAUGAAUGUAGUAAAUAAAAAUGAAUGUUUUUAAUGUUCAUCACAUAUUUUAGCAAAUAUCUGAUUUGUGUCUUGUGACUUGGAUAUGUAUAACUCAAGCAUUAUAUAACAGUAUUUUUAUCCUUUGACCCUUUCCACAUAUUAGGAUAAAAAGUGGGCUAAACAGUGUUUCUAUUUAUUCUAAUUUAUCUCAGAUCAUAUUUGACCUUAAAUAUUGCUCUGAAUAGAUUUUAUCAAGCUAUUAUCAGGUCCAGUGCUUGCUUUGUACAGUUAAAUAUCUUAAACUAAUCAAUAUUGUGUGGGUGUGGCCGGGAUUUAGUAGAUGAGUAAAUGGCUUUUAACUUCUAAUCAAAAUAUAACUAUAUAUUAUUUAGAAAAAAUAGUAGUCAUAACUCUUCAGUUCAUGAAGACUUGUCUGAUUUUUAAUAAUUAAUAAGUUUUUUCUGCCAAUGAGCAUUAGGUUACUGCUGACUUUUUAGUGUCACAGUACCUUGUGGUAGUUUUUCCACAGUUUAAAGGUGUAUUCCAGGUUUUUUUUUCUGUAAUGUUUACAUGAUACAGUAUGCACAAAAUAUAGGGAAAAUUCCUUUACAAGUUCCUAAAUGAUGCUAGCAUAAUGUAAGGAUCGGUCAGUUCCAUUGUCUCCUUAUGUCAGUCUUUUUCGGAGCUUGCUGAGAAGUCUAUAAGCCUGCAUGUGCCUGGCAACUGUUACCUAGUGACAGUUUCAGCUGCAGUAGCCAUUGGCUGUGUUGUUGAUUGGGGCAGGAGGACCGAGUCACCUUUCUGAUGGUGAGUUCUGCAUCAGCUCAGGAUGAGGAGGAGGAGCAGAGCUUGGGCUCAGGUGGAGGCAGGCAGUGAUACUGAGAGAAUCUACCGACAGCAUCCUGGUAACUGCAUCACAGUAAAUCGGACUUCUGAAUCAAGCAGCUUAGCCUAGCAGCUGAUAAAAGUGAAUGUAGGUGAGAAGCAUUACCUUAUUCCUGUAACAAGAGAACUAUUUUGUGAUAAAUGAAACUAAGACGGUAAAAGGAAGAAUAUCCCGUGGCUAUCACAGAAGGAUUUCCCUGAAUGAUGUGGUGGUGCACCAGAAAAUAACUUUCUGAAGAAUGCUUUCUAUUAAGCUGCUGCAUUGUUCCUGAAGGAAAUGUUUUUAUUUCUAUUAUAUGCUCUUUCUUCAAAAGCUAUGACAACCAGGACUGACAAGAGAUUCUUUGAAAUGCCUGUACUUUAAGAGGGGGGAAAAGACUUUGGCAAAUGUUAACCUGAUACAAGAAUGACCUUGGAAGCCUUUUGGAUGGAUUUUAUCCUGCCAGCCUUUCAGUAUUUCAAAGUCGAGGAUUUAAACUCAUCUUGAUGUUUUGAGGUAUUUUAAAGCAAGUCUAUCUCAGAACCUACCUAAUGGCCCUGGUAUUAAUUGAGCACUUGGUCAAAAUAGAAUACAGAAAUAGAAGAGGCAUUUUCUUAACAUGUGGCUACAUAAUUCCAAAUAGAAUAAAUAAGCUUGCCCUCCUCUCUUAUUCCCCAAAGCUGAGAUGUGUCAGUGGUGAAGUAAGGCUGAUGAAGAGACCUGAGCACUCUGGGAUGCUCAGCUGUAACAGAAGCACUGACACUGUCUGCCGAAGCAGAUUCUGAGGCACUUGUGUGCAGAGUGUAACAGAUGCUGCAAAGGGCACCUGCUUGCUGGAGCCAAGACUGCAAGUUCCUCUAAUUCCAAGCCAUGAAUGAAACCAGGUGGACUGAAUGGAACAUCCUGAACAUGAGCAGUGACAUUGUGAAUGUGUCUGAGCGUCACGCUUGCCCACUUGGAUUUGGUCACUACAGUGCAGUGGAUGUCUGCAUCUUGGAGACAGUUGUUAUUGUCCUGCUGACAUUUCUAAUCAUUGCUGGGAAUUUAACGGUCAUCUUUGUCUUUCAUUGUGCUCCACUGUUGCAUCAUUAUACUACCAGCUAUUUUAUACAGACGAUGGCGUAUGCUGAUCUCUUCGUUGGAGUUAGCUGCUUGGUUCCUACUCUCUCACUUCUUCACUACUCUACAGGUGUCCACGAGUCAUUGACUUGCCAGGUUUUUGGAUAUAUCAUCUCAGUUCUAAAAAGUGUUUCUAUGGCAUGUCUCGCUUGCAUCAGUGUGGAUCGCUAUCUUGCAAUCACCAAGCCUCUUUCCUACAAUCAACUGGUCACCCCUUGUCGCCUGAGAAUUUGCAUUAUUUUGAUCUGGAUCUAUUCCUGUCUAAUUUUUUUGCCUUCCUUUUUCGGCUGGGGGAAACCUGGUUACCAUGGUGACAUUUUUGAAUGGUGUGCCACCUCUUGGCUCACGAGUGCCUAUUUUACUGGCUUUAUUGUUUGUUUACUUUAUGCUCCUGCUGCCUUUGUUGUCUGCUUCACUUACUUUCACAUUUUCAGAAUUUGCCGGCAGCACACCAAAGAGAUAAAUGACCGAAGGGCCCGAUUCCCUAGCCAUGAAGUAGAUGCUUCUAGAGAGACAGGACACAGCCCUGACCGACGCUAUGCCAUGGUUUUAUUUAGAAUAACCAGUGUAUUUUAUAUGCUGUGGCUCCCCUAUAUUAUAUACUUUCUUCUAGAAAGCUUCCGAGUUUUGGACAAUCCAACACUGUCCUUCUUAACAACCUGGCUGGCUAUAAGUAAUAGCUUUUGUAACUGUGUGAUAUACAGCCUCUCCAACAGUGUUUUCCGGCUAGGCCUCCGAAGACUUUCUGAGACAAUGUGCACAUCUUGUAUAUGUAUUAAAGAUCAGGAAGCACGAGAUCCCAAACCUAGGAAACGGGCGAAUUCCUGCUCCAUUUGAGGAGACUCAGACAGUAAAUCAAAUGUAAUCUGACAGUGGGUUUAGAUUAUAUUCUUGAUUCAUCUGGAAGGUUGCCACCAGAGAAAUAUUUAUUUGAAUAGUUCACUGCAAAAUGAAGGAUGACACUGAAGAUCUCUCUCUCUAUUUUAUUUUAUUCUAUUCUCUCUCCUACUCUUUCUCUCUCUUUUACCUUUUUUUGUGGAGAAAACUAUAGUAAAAGAUGUGAAUUGGGUAAUACUAUGAGAAAAUCAGUGUAUGAAUAUAUAAAUGUGCAGUAAUAAGAAAAGUUAAGUACUGAGGAUGAAAAAAGUAUGUCUCUGAAAGUCUCCUAUAGGACAUAAGAAAAUCCUUGGCACCUCUCUUUUUCUGUCUUUGUCUGUGAUUUUGUUUCUUUUCAUGUUGCUUUGUGUUUCUGGAAAUUAUAUGUAUAAAUUGUCCUUUACAGAAGAUUGCUACAUAUUAAAUAUGUGGCGAGAUAUAACCAUUUGUAUCCAAGUAUACUUUUAAAUACACUAAUCUAUAAACCUUAAGUGAUUUCUUUAUGGACACACAGAGUAAGCAUUACAUUUUGUGAUCUGUCACACACCUUUUUUAAAAAAUUUUUUUUUAUAAUUUUCUCUGCAGCCCAAAUUUUCUGUUGCAAAUGAACAACCCCUGUUUUUUUUCUUCUGGGUAAAGUGACUUUACUUUCCUCCCAUUUUUCUAAUAGCCUAUUUUUUUCUUCAUUCCUUUUUUUUUUUUCCAUCUAAAUCCUAUUGUACCUUACUUCCAAAGUGUCUUAGCUAAUGAAAGAAACUAGUGUAUAAAAGCAAUCAUAAUGUUAAAUAAUUUAUUCCUUCCAAUUAAGCAAUGUAGUCACUUAUUGGGGAGACUGGGUCAAAUAUUUUUAAUAGGUUUCUGGAACAGUUUUAUCUUGUUUCUUUGAAAUUAGUUCAUGUGCCUACUGUGGUGUCAUUUUUUGCUGGAGUAGAGCUUUGUUUUUUUAAAGAAACCUCACAAGUAAUCCUAAUUCCGAUGCAGGAUACUCAGUAGAGGUGUAUCACUCUUGAUGUUAGUUGGAAUGUCCUUUUUAAAAAGCUUUUUUUUGUGUUAGGUUAAAAGUUAAAAAACUUUUUGCGUUAGGUCUAUAAUUGCUUACUGUUGUAUCCAGUAGUCAUUUGUGUAAUAUUCAUUUGCACAUACUAUAUUUUUUAAAACAAAGAAAUGUAAAUUAUAUUAUGUGAUCUGUGCUUAAUGUUUUCUUAGCACAAUAUAGAAGUCAAAUGUUAAAGUUGUCAGCAUUGGGAAAAGUAUACAUAGGAACCUAUUUUAAAAGGAAAAUACUUUUGUGUAGUUGUUAAAUAUUUAGAUAUUUAUAUUAGAUGAAGGUGAUUUUUAGUGCUGCUGAGAUUAUAUAAUAUACUUAAUUAAAUAAUCAAAUACAGCUAAGACUUAUCAGUAUUGUAUUUUAUAAUGAUCUGUUUUCAGAUGUAGAGGUUAAUUUAUUUUUUAGUGUGCUGAGAUUAUGUAAUAGAGUCAGGGGUUUAGAUGUAGCAAAGUGGCAUUAAAGAAAUUAAUAAUGAAGCAGGUGUAAGCAGUAGAGCAUCUAUACCUUACCUUUUAUCAUAAGUUGGAAAUUUUACAUAGCACUACUGAGUAUUUCUCUUCUCAGCAUUAUAAUUUCCAUGUUUGAUGAAAUGCAUUUAAUGAAAUGUGCCUAUGAGUCUUUAAUUUAAAAGCCAACCAUGUUUGCACUCUGGUGGUUUGACUUCACAGAUUAUUUAGUAAGAAUGUUGUCAUUUUAUUGAGGUUGUUCUGAACCCCUGUGUAUUUUUUAAGCAUAAGAAAAAGUUUAAAAUAAAUAAUAAAAGAGUAUUCUAUAUAUCAAAAUUAGACUUUGUUUCAGUUUAAUAAAUGUAAGGAUCCAGAGUUUACUCAUUUGUGAUGCAAAACCAAAUUGUUUCACAUUUCUCUCAUAAGGGUUUAUUUUUAUUCUUGUUUCCUGUUUGCCAGUGGACCCUUGAAUGAGUGGAAGUGUCCCUUUUAAAUUCAAACCAGUUCAAGGAAAAUUUGAAGUUCAAGGCAACAUGGCUUUGCCAAUUUUUCAGAUAUCGUAAACAAAACCUUCAACAUUGAAUACAUUAUUUGAGAAUAAAUUUUGAUUCCUGGAGCUGGGGAUAUAGCCCAGAAGCGGCUGGGGAUGGCACAUGCAGCUUCUUGGCAAGCACAAGGUCCUGAGUUUGAUUCCCAGGACAAAAUAAUAAUUAAUAAUAAUAAUAAUAAUAAUAAUAAUUUUUUAUUCCUUUACUCUAGAGUUUAUAGUUUGAAGAGACUCUGAAGAUGCUUAGGAAGCUUAAAGCCAUACUAUUAUGUUUUCUUCUUGGUUUUCCUAAUGGUAAUGAAUAAGAAAUUCAUUAUCAGUUGUGUGCCAGGCUUAAGUGUUACAUUUUACAUGUAAUACAACACUUAGUCCUCACUACAGAUGGUAGUAUGGUUAUGCACAGUCCAGAAAUGAGGAAAUGAAAGAGAAGUGAUGUACCCAAAGUCACUCAGCCAAUCAGUGACAGGUUCCUGCACAGUGUGUUGGCCUGGAGCCGACCCUGUGCACUUACCAUUAUGCUACACUGCUUUCUUUCCAAAGGCCUUCAGACCUUUUUACUUCUGUCUGUACUUUCUUCCUUACAGAAUUUCUCUGAAUUUUAAUUUUUUUUAUAACAAAAAACUACAAUUCUUUGCUUGUGAUAUCUUUUUCUUUGAUCUUGUGGGUUUCUUUUAUUAAAAUAGCAAUCUGAAAAGCUCAAACCUACCAGUUCAGUCUUUAAUCAAACUGAAACUCUAGGGCAUGGUAUCUCCCUGAUAUUAUUUUUUUCAAUUUUGUUAAGUUUUCCUUGAAUAACUUUUUCAAAUCUCUUUGAAUUUCUUUUUGAAAAAGUCUUUUGAAAGCAAAGAAUGGAAAAGAAAGGCUUUAUUGCACUGAGAGGAGACUGAGCCAGGCAACUUCUGAUUUAGGUUCUUUGCUUAUUGCAGUGGUUUUAUAUGCAACUCUUGGGCAGGCAGCUGCUUUCUUUUGACAUUUUACUAUGUUUGCAUAAUAAAGUAAUACUUAUUUUGAAAGUACUGUAUUGUUUAGAUUAGUAUGUUUGACGACUGGGUAACUUUUUGCUGUCAUUCUAUUGUACUCUGUAGUAGCUGUCUAGUUUGGUUAUACAUGAUAGUAAAAAAUGAUGCUGUGUUCUAUCACUUAAGGAUUCUGAUUUCUACAGUUGUUUCUAAAGUUAUGCAGUAUUUUAAAGGCUUUAUUACCUACUAGCAUGUGAAAUUUGGUUUGAAAUCCUGGCCCUCAUAAGCAUCUUGGCCUUAGGUAAGAUACCAAAUGUUCCAAAUCAUCAGUUUUCUUAUUGAUAAAUAGAGUCAGACACUUGUUCCUCCCUGUUCAGAUAGAUUUGAAGACUAAAUGAGAUUUUGUAGCUUGUGUGCUUAACCGAGCUUGUUGCAUACCAGAAAGUUGUUCAGAAUAUGGUAGCUGCUUUUUAUCUUUGUGGGUGCCAUGGUUAUUACCAUCACAAUUUAAAGAUCACUAAUUCCAAUUUAAAUAGGGUUAAUUCAUUGGUCAUUAAUGUUUUCUAAAAUACCACUUCUCAAUUUCAGAUGUAUUGAACCCAGAUGUUCUUAAAUAUAGGAAAAUUCCAUAAUUUCUAAACUCGUCUUUGAUUUUAGAAAUUUUGAUUCUAGUUGUUUUCUGCAUAAGUGUAAAUAAGGUUGCGAAAGUUUAAAAAUGCCAAAACAAACUGUAAAUUCAGGUCAGUAGAAUUACCUUAAUUGAGAAGCACAAAAAUAGUCCAGACUUUAGUUUUUUCUCUAAAAUUUAGGUUGUAUUUUUGAACCAAACAGAGAUAGCGAGAGAUAAACAGUGCAUUAGACUUGAGAUUAUCUCUUGACAUAAGUAUAUAUAUAUAUAUAUAUAUAUAUAUAUAUAUAUGCAUAUGCAGAUGUAUACUAUGUAAAUGACAACUUAAACAGUUUUUUUAUGUUCCAAGUAGAGUUUGAAAUUUAAAAUAGGUGCUAUACUAUAUCAUGCAUUUUGUGCUGCUAGCAUUGUCACGUUUUUUCCAUUUACCCUUUCAUGAAUUUUAUAAUUAAGUAUGUUAAAUUGAUAUUUUAAGUUAUAAAUUUGAAGAGGAUUAAAAGACAAUUUGGUAAGGAAAAGGUAGAAAAAGCCCACUUUUAAUAUAACAACCUAAAUUAUAUUUGGCUUUUGAAUUUUUAUUUUGGCAAAGGAAAAUGAUUCAAAAUUCUCCUUUAGAGCCAGACAUGGUGGUGCAUGCCUAUAAUGCCAGCACUUGGGAGACUGAGGCAGGAGGAUUGCUGUAAGUUUGAGGCCAGCUUAAGCUACAUAGUGAAUUCAAGGCCAGCCUGUCCUAUAUAGUGAGAUCUUGUCUCAAAAAAAAACCAAAAAAACAAAAAAACAAAAAAACCCAAACCAAAAUAAACCAAAAUUCUACAUAGAAUUGGUAAAGUAGCCAAUUUCAAAAUAGGGUAUAAUUUUUUAAUAUAAUAUAAUAACUUCAGUAUACUUGUAUGAUGGAUUUUUUUUUUAUCAAGGAUCGAACUCAGGACCUUGCUCUUGCGAGGCAGAUGCUUUUGCCACUGAGCUAAAUCCUGGGCCCCUGUAUCAUGGAUUUUUAAAAAAAUGUUCUUGCCAUUAAUUAUUUUAAAAUUUAAGGUAUGUAGUAAUCAAAAGCGUAAAAAGAUAUGCAUUCAUCUUUUUGUUUUUUUGGAAUAUAUUUUGAAGAAAAACUAAAUAUCCUUCAAAUUAAUUUUAUCUCACUCCUUAUGUCCUAAGACAGUUUUUAUGAAAACAAAACAAAACAAAACACUUAGGAAAUGUCUACAAUCUUAAAACUGUACUGAAUUUUUAGAUAUAUUUAUUUGGAAAUGAAUCAGGAGAGGUAAAUUUUGGAAAUUCAUAUUUAAAAUGUGAUAUUACUAAAUGGUCUUGUGGUAGCUUCUGUUAUUUUAAUCAUCAGCUUCACAUCUAGCCCUGCUUUCUCUGUUUAUAAAUGAGAUUUAAUAAUUAUAUUUGGACAAACCAUUAACAUUUAUUAGAGGAUUUUAAUUUGAUUUAUUUUUUAUAGUUUUGGAAGUAAGGGGUCACAUAGGGCAAAUACAUUUUUGUGCAUGUACGUGAGUGUUUGUUUUAAGGCUUCACUUGUACUCAAAUUACAAACCUGGAUUGCAUUCUCAAUUGUAAUCAUUGUUGGUAUUUAAUUACUUUUCAUGCCACUUAAAGUUGUAAAUUUUUAAUGAAAAUAUAUUAGCAGCAAAUUACUAAAAUUACAGAGGAGGAAUCAUUAUCUAGGUCUUUACCUGUAUACCAGAAAUUUUCCUAAUGCCUGGAAUUAUUAUACAUUGCAAACAGAUACCAGAUAAAUAGAUGGAUGGAUAGAUGGAUGGAUGGGUAGGUGGGUGGAUGGAUGGACUGAUAGGUAGAUAUUAGAUUUUGAAGUACCAUUCUUGAGUGGAAUUACUCAUGAGGUCUCAGAAUCAUAAUGCAGGAUAUUCAUGAGGAAAAUGGAGACAGAAUAAAGAAAAAUAGAAUGUUGUGCUUUUGUAGUUGCUAAAGAAUUUUUUAAAGAAGGAGUAGUGAUUGAUUUCAGCCCGAUUUAUCAAGGCAUAAGGAAGAUUUUUGACAUGCAGAUAAAAACCAUGACUCCUGCAGUUUGUCCACUGAACGCUGUCAAUGAAGUGCAGAUCUACUCUUUUAAAGUAAUUUUUACCUUUAUAUAGUUGAUCUACCUAGUUUUUUUUAAAAUUUGGAUACAGUUCUUUGCAUGUAAAACUUAUUAUCUUUAUUCAACUAAUAUGUUUCAUUUUACUUUUAAAUACAAAAUCAUUAAUAACUUUGGAUGUAAUCAUCAAACAUUAGAAUUUGUUAAACUUCCUAUCAGUAAUGAGCUGAUUGAUCUGUAAAGCAAAAAUCCUUUGCUGUAGUAAUCCAAGAAGCAGUAAAACAGAAAACUGUAAGAACUGAAGAUGUAGUAGUAGUGUGUCAAAUACGUAUGUAGCUCUAAAGUGUAUAUGACUAGGAGAUUUUAUAGUUUGACAUUAAUUUAUAUGACAUUAUCAGUAAUUUCUUGGUAAUUUGUAAGUUAGAAUGUGAGUGGAUGUAGUCAUACACGAAGCUAAGAUUUAUUACAGCCGUAGAAAUUUUAUGUUUUGAUGUUGGCAACUAAUUUGUGAGAAUAUAGAGCAGUUUUAAAUGAAUCACAAUUGAUUUUUCUCCCAGACUAAGAAGUUUUGUUUUGUUUUUUUCAUUUUGAUACAGGCUUUCACUAUGCAGUUCAGUUUGGCCUUGAACUCAUGUUGUAGCUCAAGCUGGCCUCAGACUUGCAGUGAUCCUCCUGCCUUGGCCUCCCUAGUGCUGGCAGUGUGCCACCACAUCCAUCCCAAAUUGAACAGUUUAAAAAACCUUGAUCACUCACUUAACUCCAAGUGUUCAGUGCAUUAUAUAUAAGUUAUUGACUUGGUAAAUCUAUCAGAGAGUUUUUGCCUCAAGUUUAGUAAGAGAAAAUGAAUACAUGAUCUUGACGUUUAUCUUAAUCAUACACUUCAAUAUUUCAUUAGAAUAAAAGUAAACAGUAUUCCUUCUGAAUAAAAACCAAUUCUUUUAAGUGUUUUUAUGCACUAAGCACUGUUUGAAAGCACUGAAGUAACAGAACCAUCAUUUGAACCCACAUACUCCCAGUGAAUAUUUUAAUAAUUUGUUGAUCGUGUUUUUUCUAAAAAAUGAAUAGCAUAAUAUCAAGUAAAGCGGUGCAGUGAAAGAUAGUAAAUGGUGACAUUUUUAUUAGUUUGAUUUUUAAAACAGAUUUCAAGGGCUCAUUAGAAUCUCCUGCCCAUUUCAGAACCAUCACCGUAGGCUCUUAGGAGAAGAGCAGAGGGAUUUCUUGCAGAGAUCACUUGAGUGGAAAGAUAAUGUCCCACCAGCUUCCCUUUUACUAUUUAGCACCUUUUAUUUCUGACUACUCUUAACAGAAUUAAUUGUAGCUAAUCCUCUACAUUCAUUUUUAAAUUAUGCCUCUUCUAAUUCCUGUCUUUUUCAUAUAACUAACAUUCUUUUUCUUCUUCAAAUGUGAUUCUUUUUUGUUGUCUUUAAGUUUUAAAGAAAUAUUUCUUGAAGGACAUUAGGAAGACUAUUUAAAAGAUAAAGCAAUAAGUCAUGCAUAGUUCAUUUACCCACAUGUAACUAGUUGUGAUAAUGGUUGUUGACUUUGCUUUGUUCUUUUUCUGUUUCCCCCUGUUGGGGGAGGGAGAACUUUCCUGAAAGUAGGGUUUUUUAAAAAAUGUGUUCGUUUGUAUUUUUCUCAUAUUAUUCCAUGCUGUUUUAAAAAAAUCUUUAUAAAACUCUAUCCAUAUUUAAUAGUAUUUUCUUACAGUUUUUUGGAAAAUACUGAGCUACACUCUAUGAAGAUAAAAAAUUAUUCAUAUGUUUUGCCAAAUUGUUUUCCAAAAGAGCAAGUCAGUUUAUCUUCAUGCCAAUAGUGUAUCAGAUGACAGUGUUUUACAACAGACUUGCCAACAGCAAUUCUACAUUAAUCAAUAAAUUAAGGGAAUUAGAGUUUCAGUUUAUUUUUGGUUCUACAUGGUAUUUUUCUUCUCUGCACUACAAUUAAAAAUAAAAUUGGAGAUAUAUUAAAUAAGAUGGAUCUGUGGAACCUCUUUUAAAAAAAUUGUUUCAAAUUAUUUAUUUCAAGAUUCUCUUAGCUUAGAUCGUCUUCCCAUUUUUAUGAAUUUACCAUUUACUCUGUGCCACUUUUUUUGUCAAGGCUAUGUAUUAUUUUGAAAAUGAUGAGUUCUGUCAGUGCUGUUCUCCAUUAUUAGUGCUGGCUUCGGCCUUGUGUAUUUCAUGGUACCUUGUGUGUGCUACACUUUGAGAAAAGCUUAGAUUUUUUUUUUUUUCAUAUUCUUUUGCAUCUCUUCUAACAGUGACAUUCAUCCUGGCUUCUUCAGAUAAAGUAGGGUCUUUUCCUAAGGGAGGAAAAUACAUGGAGGCCUAUAUCCUUGACAAGCUUGUGAUAUGAAGAAUCUAGCUGUUGACUGAGGACUCCAGGCCUGGAUUUAGCACUUAAUAUUCCCCUAACCUUCAGAACCAUGGGUGUAGUUCUGAGAGUCAUGACUGGAGCGUGGUAGACAGGGGAGUGGCUUUGCCACUUUAUAGAAGUCAUACCUGAGGCAGGCAGGCACACAGGUCUUUUUCUUCUCAGUGUAUCUUUUUAUCUCUCUAGUUUUAACUCAGUAUGCUUUGUGUGUGGUGAUUACUCCAUUAUUUGUUGAGCUGUGUGCAAAGCGCUUUGUAUAUAGUAACCUAUUUUUUUAUCUGAGUGAAUUUAAUUGUUAGGAUUAAUCAUGUUUCUUGAGUCUCUUCCCAGCCAUCCCUUUCCCUCCAGCUCAGUGAGGGUGUGGUUGGAUUGAAAAAUCUUUUUUCUUUGUCUUUUUGUUAGUGCAUAAAUGGCCAUAAUACAGAUCAACCUUUUUUUUCUUUUUUUUGGUACUGAGGAUCAAACUCGCGACCUUUCACUUACUGGGCAGGCGUAUACGCCACUGAGCUAAAUCCUCGGCGUGACAAGAUACACAAAAGAAUAUUUUCGCAGAGUUGAAAGAUUACUUAAUACUAUAUGGCCAGACCACCCUGAACAUGCCUGAUCUUGUCUGAUUAUUUAUUAUAGCUACCAUUUACUAUACCUAUCCACUUUAAUUGAAUUCUUCCUUUGAUUAUAUACAUUCAGUGGAACUGUAUUCUGCGAUGCAUGUGUGAGGAAAGUAAAUUCCUUUUGAUGUAUCUGGCUUUUAGGAAAUACUUCUUUAUAUUUAGCUGAAAUUUUUAACGUCUUCUAACUUCUUCCAACUGUGAUUAUAUGGAAAAAAAUUAAAAUUUCUUUUUUACCUAAGAACUGUUUGUAUACCUUAGUAGAGCCUUUAUUUUUAUUAAUCUUCUCCUAGUCUUGAACCAUUCUCAUAAAAUGUGAGUUUGAAGCUCUUCGUCAGCUUUUCCUUGAGAAAGCUAUAAUAUACCCUUCUAUAAAUCACACUCAAAGCUGAAUAUAAUGCUUUAAGUGUAAUACGACCAGUAACAAGUAAAAGUGAGAGUAUCGUUUUCUCUUGUUUGUACACUGUACUGUUGUUUAUUCAGACCAGAAGAAAUUAAUUAUUGUGCUAAUUAUAUUUUGUUGUUAAGAUAAUAAAAUGCAAAUUUAUAUAUCUUUUCCCUA